AGUCAAACUACCAGCUAGUGACGUAAGUGACGUAUCAAGGCACGCGACAUGCACGAGCCAGUUUCACGAUUACUGGACAUGGAAACCGAGUCCAGAAUGCCCGUAAUUCCGAUGUCCACUAUUGAUGGUCAGGGAAUUUUUCAAACAAUGACCAUGGACAGACCUUCGUGCAUGUUUACAAUUUCUCCGCAAUCCUCGCCAUCCACUCCCGAGGAUAAAUUUUACAAUGUUAUGAAGGAAAAUGUGAGAGAAAUGGUGUGUAAGAGGCGACUGGACUUUAACAGCCACGAAACCUACCUCGGACUGACCAAGCCUCCCACUGUGGCCGUAGAACGACGCAACGAGCGCGAGAGGAACAGGGUCAAGCUCAUUAACAUGACUUUUGCAACUUUACGUGAACACAUUCCAGCUGGUGGCAAAAACGGGAAGAGCAAGAAGAUGAGCAAAGUGGACACGCUAAAGGCUGCUAUAGACUAUAUUCGGUACCUACAGCAACUUGUGGACGAACACGAUGCUGUCAAUGCUGUGUUGGAUAGCAACUGUCUUCCAAAAUCGGCGAUUUCACCGGCUUCUCCGUCGGUGCAUUCCCCGACGCCAAGUACCUCUUCGGAGACUUCACACGAAAUCCUGAGCGCUGAGGAGGAGGAGCUGCUUGACUUUACCAACUGGUUCUGAAGCUCUUCAUCAGAGAACCCGGAUGUACCGGUUCAAAUAGCGAAUAGCGUGUGUUCUUCAAGGCCCCGCCCUCGGUAACGCCCCCUAUCGAUUCCGCUGCGCCUGAUUGGUUCCGAUAUUGAACCGCCAUGCAAGCUGCAAACAGUGGCGCGAGUCGGAAGACGGUGAUAGAAAUUCCGGAUAAGCACUGCGGGUCAGCGUCACGGCUAACCAGUAUAGAAAUGCAGAGACUAUCACGUAGGACAGACAGACAAUGAGAUGGUACACGGGUGUGUACAGGUGUGCACAGAUCACGUGACUCAGGCUGACAAACCCUGCUUGUCAUUAAAAAGGACGCAUGUGUGUAAAAUUGCUUGGUCUGAUUGCGGAGUGCUGGCAUUAUUUUUAAAACGCAUUCAGAUAUAUGUAUAACUAUACUGUUUACUAU